AUGGACCAGCAACUCCCUCUGUCCGAGCCAGGUCCGUCUACAUCCGCCGGCCCCAACGCAGGCGAAUCAUGCAAUGAAUGUAAGCGACGGCGGGGGAAAUGUGACCGUCAACUCCCGGAAUGUGGGCCUUGUGCGAGGAAUAAGAGGCAUUGUCUCUAUGAGCGGCAUUCGAAGACGCCGCUUACCAGGAAGCAUCUGACUGCUGUGGAGGAGCGCUUGCGUCAGGCGGAGCUGAAGCUGAGAGCUGCAGAGGGCAGGGAGAGGCAAUUGAAGGAUGCUCUGUUGGAGAAGGGGAGUGAGAGGACGAGUGAGAGGAGGUUUUCGAUCGGUGAGGGGCAAGGCUAUCAGAAUGCCGGGAAGGCGAGGCAUCUCAGGCAGCCUUCGGAGCCCUUUACGAAGCCGAAUGAUUCGUUGUCACCGGUCGAUAUCAAAGCUCGAGAUGGUUCGACGGCGCAGACAUACUCUUUGGAAGAAGCGCCUCCCGGUGCGGACGACUUCAGCUGGAAUGAACAAUCGCCCUCCGAAGCCAGUGGAUUCGAUUACUUGGCAAAUCCCGGGGAAGGCCAGCAGAAUAUCACCGAUGGCAUGGCUGCUCUUUCGGUCGAUGAGGGUACCGGCUAUCUCGGGCUCGCUUCUGGUGCUGCGAUGCUCAAGAUCCUACUCCCGGGUACCGAGAAUCGCAGGCCGACGAGACCACGCUACAGUAUCCCCAAGUCUGACCCUGCCAUGCCGGCUGAAUAUGGCUGGAUAUCGACUCCUCUUUACCAUAUCCGUGGGGUCAGCGAAAUUGAUCUGCAUGCGGCCUUCGACUCGUACUUCUCCUCUUACCACCUCUGCUUCCCACUCGUACACGAGCCCACCUUUCGUGCGCAGUAUGCCAAGGUACUGCCGCGGCCAGGAAGCGAUUGGAAUGCUCUGGCCUACAUGGUCGGCGCGAUAGGGCUAUUCUCUGGUGUGAACGGGUCCAUGUCCCGCCACGCAGAUCUUUUUGAGGCUGCCAAAUCAAACAUCUCGAUUGCUUCGCUGGAGACCGGUACCAUUACGCUCGUGCAAACGCUCACCCUGAUGUGCAAUUAUCUUCAGAAGAGUAAUCGACCGAAUAGUGGAUAUAAUUAUCUCGGUCUCGCGCUUCACAUGGCAAUGGGCCUCGGACUACACAAAGAAUUCCGAGAUUGGCAGAUCGCACCGCUUUCCAUGGAAAUUAGGAGGAGGGUCUGGUGGACUCUGUUCGUUUUUUACUCUGGUGCUAUGCUGACUUUCGGACGACCUGUUUCUCUUCCAACUCAUGGCAUAGAUGUUUCACUUCCACUUAAUGUUGACGAUGCAGAGCUCACCUACGCAACUGCCGGCGUGCCCUCUCCCAAGGCUAGAAUAACGACGGGCUCGGCAGUUGCUGAGCAAGCGAGAUUCCAUCUGGCAACGAACGCAAUCUAUGCCCAGGUCAUUUCGAGCAACCCCCCUACUGCCGCCGAGCUACUCCGCUUGGAUGACGAGUGUAUCGAGGCUUGGAGAAUCUUGUGGGCAAAUGAUCCUGCGAAUAUACCUGGACUGUUUCGACUCUCUCGAAGCAUCAUGGACUGGCGAUACCGAAAUUUCCGCAUCAUCAUGUAUCGACCGUUCUUGAUCAAGCACGCCUUACGCACGAGAAGCCAGUCAGUGGAUUUGGCCCUUGAUCCUCCGACACGGACUGCCAUCGAUCGUUGUCUACACGAAGCUACCGGUUCCAUUGCCGCUAUUCACAGCUACUGGUUCCAGGCACAAAAGACCGGCAUGGACGCCUGGUAUAGCCUCUUCUUCAUCUUUCAGGCCUCUCUCAUCCCUAUCAUCAUGCUGCGCAAUCAACCGCAGUCCGAAUCCGCACUUGCGUGGCAGACCCAAGUUGCAUCGGUUGUUCAGGUCCUGGAAUCCAUGCACUCUAUCAAUCCGGCUAGUAAAGAAUGUCACCAGGUCAUCCUGCGUCUGUGCGGGCACUUCUUGCCGCAGCAAGAUCUGCAGCCACUCGACCUUGGCACCGGUAUUGCCCAGCCGACCGACGAGUCUCCACAGACGCAGCUCGCUGGGCUCUAUCCGCUCAUGUGGCCCAACGCUACCUCGACGGACUUUGAUGCACUCAUGCCCGAUGACAGCUGGACGACCUUUUUUGCUGAUGCGCAGAAUGAUGGCGGGUUCAAUUUCAAUCAGUGUGCUUUCGAGCCUGAUUGA